AUGGCCGGCAGACCGAACUUCCUCGACCUACGAUCGCAAUCGCAUGGACCGCUUGGAUCUGGAUUGCCGUCGCCGAGAGAUCGUCUUCAUGUCGCAGGAGAGAUACCACCGGAGCUUUCUCCUCUCGAUGCCUUUGCGGCACAGAGUCGACUGCUAGCGAAGCAGCUGGAGGAGACUGCCAAUGGAGGGAAGCGCGCGAGCAGGUUACCACCCCUCACCAUUAAUUCUUUGAGUCAAGGCAGACCAGCAUAUUUCCGUUCUGUAUCAGGAGAGCCAACGACUCCGCUAUCGCCAACAAGUCCUGGGUCGGGCUUGAAAACUGAAGUGGAGACACCUGGGUUCCGACCAGUUUCUGUACAUCCCACACUCAGCGACUUGCGACCUUCAGAACCACAACCUCCAGUUCCACGACUCCCCCGGCGUGAUGAUGAAGAAUUCCGAGGACGAAGGCCACCAGGCAAUGAGCCUGGCUUCUUUGGCGCGAGACAGGAUCAAUCUCCCCCUUCAUUGGAGAAUGAUCCCAAACCACGAAAUACGGAUAGACCCUCUCAUUUACAACCACAACCUAGCAAUGAUUCCAUGCAACAGCGACAUACCUCUCUCCGACCUAACGACGAAUCUAGAAUGAAUGGUUAUGAUUCAAGACUGGCACCACCUCGAUCGCCGUUCGCGCAGAGGACCCCAAGCCCGAGAUCAAUGUCUAUGGAUAGCUCAGACGAUGAUUCCGGUAAUACAUCCAACCCGCGACCCAAUAUGUCACCGCAACGGAAAUUCUCCUCUGGAAGUGGCUUCUCAACAUCUCCAAUAUCACCCCAAAUGUACAUAGGGAGGUCGCCAUCAAUAGGCUCAGAGAUAUCCGCUGGUGGCACUCGAUUACCAAGACCUGCUUUCAACUUUUCUCGGCCACUGAGCCGAGCAAGUUUGAAUGGAUUGCCAAUGGAUAUUCCUACACGGCAGGCAUCUGGGGAUAGCCAACCUUCAUUUAUUCUAGCAGAUGAUACCGCGCAUACACCCGUCAGUAUGCAUAGCGAAGGCUUCCCGGACAACACUGCCGAGUCAGGAGCUGCGCCUUCUUAUGUUUAUUCGAAAUUUUCGUUGCCAAGAGGGAAAAUGCUGCAACGGAACUCGUUGAUAUUUCAGGAAGGACUCUCGCAGUCACAAUACUCUUGGGAACAGCCGGUGCCAUUCAGCAAUGUUCAACCAUUUGGUGGACCUCCGCCCUCACCUCCAUCCAGACCAUCUACAUCCUCUUUAAGACCAGACGCUCUUCACUCUCGUCCUUCUUUCGAUCCUGACCGGCCAUCACUUGACCCAGGUAGACCCUCACUCGAUCCUGGAAGACCAUCACUCGACCCUGGACGACCUUCACUUGAUCCGAACAGACCAUCGCUUGAUCCAAGCCGACCUUCAACAGACACUGGACGGUCACUUUUUGAGCGAGGCCGUACGCUUACAGACCCUACUCGCUCCUCCAGUGAACGUCCGUCGUUUCUAAGGGGAAACACAUCAACGGAACCAUCAUCUCCAUCUGUUGCUUCUUCAUCCACAAUCAAAGCUAGAUCCCAGCACUCUUUUGCGCCGUCAGCAGACUUGUCACCGGAAGAGCAUGUUACCAAAGCAAUCGAGUAUCACGAGGCAGGCGCCUUAAAUAAGUCCACUUACCAUCUCCGUCUCGCAGCAAGACAGAACGACCCCACCGGAAUGCUCCUGUAUGCACUCGCCUGUCGACAUGGCUGGGGUAUGCGACCCAACCAACGAGAAGGAGUUGCAUGGCUCAGAAAAGCUGCAGACUCUGCCAGUCUUGAAGUUGCCGACGAUGAAGAUUUAAUGAAGGAGGGGAAAGCCGUCGAUUUACUAGAGUUGAAGACAAGAAAGGCACAGUUUGCGUUGAGCAUUUACGAGUUGGGAGUCAGUCAUAUGAACGGAUGGGGAAUCGAGCAGGACAAGGUUCUUGCUUUGAGGUGUUUUGAGAUUGCUGGCUCCUGGGGAGACGCCGAUGCGCUAGCCGAAGCAGGCUUCUGCUACGCCCAAGGCGUAGGCUGCAAGAAGAAUCUCAUGAAGAGCGCCAAGUUCUACCGCCAAGCGGAAGCCAAAGGGAUUAGCAUGAUUGGCAACAGUUGGAUCUACAAAGCCAAGUACAGCGACGAAGCAGAAGGGAAGAAAUCCUCUGAAUCGCGGCCUUCCCCCGAAAAGGAAAAAGAGAAGAAACCACGCAACAAAUCCCGAACAAGAACCAUAUUCGGGAGGAAGAAAUCUGCACAUCCCUAA